GGGCUUGUUUUCAAGCGGGCGUCCUAAUAUAAACAUCCCAGUUGUUGAUUUUAUCUUAGAGAGCUUCAACUAGAAUUUUGACUCAGAGCAGAUUUGUGAGACAGAAUUCAAAGCAUUUUAGAUGGCGGCCAGCCAACAAACAAGAGAACAAGAUGAAGAGGAAAUGCGACGUAGAUUAGAAAAAGAGUUCAGCUCCUUAACAGUCUCCCAAGCUUAUUUCAAAUGUUUAACCAUCCUUCGCAAUGGAAAAGAAGAAAGCAGAAAAAGAGGUUCACUCAACCUCGAAACCUUUCGUGUAAAAACCCUGAACCUACCAGAACUUCCCUCACCGGUCCGCAUUAUGGAUUUUGGGGGAGGUACUGGAAUUCCAAUGUCAUCCAUAUGUAAAACACUCCAAGCCCUGAAGAAAUAUGCCAUCGUCAGCGUGGAAGAACCUCAUGAAGAGUCGUUGCAGAAGUACAAGAAAUGCAUCGAGAACUUGGAGAAUGCUACUCUGGAUGUGGCCUACUCUGGACGGUUCCAGGAUUACUUUGGGAAGUCCGUGGAAGAGCUGAGGUCCAUUGGAGCGUAUCCUGAAGAAUUACAGGACAGGGUACUAGCUAUACAUUCUAUGUAUCAUCUUACACGCUGGUUGGAUGAUUCCUGUGAUCCUCAUGAAGACAUCAAACGAGCUGUCAUUGCCAUGUAUACCGUCCUUAAGCCCGGGGGUAUGUUGGUUAUAGAGUUAGAUGGUGGGGAAAAUGACUUCAUUUGA